AUGCAGACGAACGCGGAGAAUCCACGAAAGCGGUUCACCGCCGGCAAGGAAAGCGAAGCGGGACCUUCUCGACCGCGCAUGGCCAACGCUGUGCCCGCCGAGAUCCUGGAGGAUGCGUCGCUGAACCAGGCGAUCGCAUCGAUCCUGCCUGCGAACUACAACUUUGAGAUUCACAAGACGAUCCAUCACAUCCGCAAGGCGUCUGCGACAUGCGUGGCGCUGCAGAUGCCCGAGGGACUCACGCUGUGGGCGACGGGGAUCUCGGACAUUGUGGAGCGCUUCACGGGCGCGACGACGGUGAUCAUGGGCGAUGUAACGUAUGGCGCGUGCUGCGUGGACGACUACACGGCCAUGGCGCUCGGGUGCGAUAUGCUGGUGCACUACGGCCACAGCUGCCUGGUGCCUGUGGACCAGACGGCGAUCAAGACGCUGUACGUGUUUGUGGAGAUCUCGAUUGAUCCGGCACACCUGGCUGCGACGAUCCGCGCCAAUUUCCCGAGCGACAAGCACGAGUUCCGAGCCAAGAUCCUUGGUGGAAGUCAGAAUGCGGCGGGGAAGAGGGAGCAGGUGGACGAGUCGGCGGGCCGAGCGCGCAUCGCGAUUGGCAGCGACGAUGCUGCUUCGACUGGAGAGGACCGAAGGGAUGGCGUAGCGGAGGAGGUGCCGACGCAUCUGGCGCUGGUGGGUACGGUGCAGUUCAUCAAUGCCAUCCACGGACUGCGCGAAGCGCUGGAAGAGCAGCAGCAUCGACUGGCCGACGGCGAGGUGGUGACGGGCGAGCCGCGUGCGGAUCGACUCAUGCUUGCGGGCGGCAGCGUUGCGGACGGAGCGGUGGAGCACAUCGAGCAGGGUGCCAAGUGGAAGGCGUGGUAUUCGGGCGAGUACAGGGUGACGGUGCCGCAGGUCAAGCCGCUGAGUCCUGGCGAGGUGCUGGGAUGCACGUCACCCAAGCUGGACAAGGAGCGCAUCGAUGCGAUCGUGUACAUUGGCGAUGGACGCUUCCACUUGGAGUCGAUCAUGAUUGCGAAUCCGCGCAUCCCGGCGUUCCGGUACGAUCCGUACACGAAGCGGUUUGUGCGCGAGCUGUACGACCAUGCCGAGAUGCGCCAGAUGCGCGGCGAGGCGGUGCGGCUGGCGCAGCAGAGCGUAGGUGCGCUCGAUCUGGAUCCCGAAACGACCAUCGCCGCCCAGCAAAACGACGAGGAGGCGGGCGCGGGGGCUGGUGGCGUG